UUCAAUUUGUAUACCAUACACCUCGAAUUAUUUUUAAUAACCCCAUAGAAAGGAUGCCCGAGGACGUGAUGGUGCCUGCGGGCGAGUACAAGCUGGUCAAGCAAUUCCGCAGGGAGCAGGAGAAGCGCCGCAAGAAGGAUCUGCCUUGGUCGAAGAGGAUCUUCGACAUAGACGAGCACACGCUGUUCGGUCGGACUGCCUGGGCGUGGUUCCGGAUCGUCUGCUUCUACCUCGUCCUGUACAGCCUGAUUAUGCUGAUUGUGGCCUUCUGGAUUGGCAUCUUUAUGCUGGCGAUCAUCGAUCCCAAUAAGCCGCGCUGGCUGAAGGGUCCGCCGGGUCUGUCGAUGGUGCCCUACAACACAUCCGCGAUCACCUACUACACCCAUCUGAUGGGCGAGGUCAUUCCGAUCGCGGAUGGGAUCGACAACUUUCUGAACAAACUGAACGACGAUGCCGUCGAGUUCUUUUCCGAAUGCAACCAGGACGACAUGUGGGGCUACGUGUCGGCGAAGCCGUGCGUCUUCAUCAAGCUGAACAAGGUGAUAGGCUUCCAGCCGGAGACGUACGACACCCAGGACGAUCUGCCCAAGGAAGUGCCUGCGGGCCUGGACGAAACGCUAAGGAAGUACGGCCCCACCCCAAAGAUCUGGAUCACCUGCGAGGUGGCCCGAGGCCCGCAACCCGAAAUCAACUUCUUCCCGGGACCCUACUACGAAGCCUCCGAGAAGAUGACUGGCGUGCAGCGCGUGGUGGCCGUCCAGCUGAGCAACAUGCCACCGAAUUCCGAGGUCACCAUCUGCUGCAAGGUCUGGGCCCGCAACAUUCCCAUCGACGAGAAGUUCCAGGGAAAGGGACAACUCAAGUUCUCCAUGCACAUGCUCGUGGAUACUGGCAAAAAGAAGGCCGAUCCGCCAGCCGAACACAACUCGACAACCCAGGAAGUGGUCACUGCUCUGGUCCCCACAACACAAGCCACGUUGAGUCCCGAAAAUCGUCGCGGCGGAUUGCGAAUGCCACCCGCACCACCCCGGGAGGAUGACCCCAAUGACCCUAAUUCGAAGAAACUCAAGAACAAGAUAUCGACGGAGGCACCAAGCUUUAUAUUUUAAUCAUCUUAAAUCAGGUAACAAAAUUAAUUGUAUACAUUUCAAUUUUGAAUCAAAUUUAAAACUGUAUAUGUAAGUAGUUGACCAAGAUUAGA